ACAUAGACAUAGGUUAAAAAAAUAGGAAGUUUUUUCAAAUGUUACAAAAAACAGCAGUUGAACAUUUGGCAACACUGUAAGCUCAGACCAGUGUACGGAGUAAGCAAUGGUGGAUUUGUGUAUUUAUGUUUCCUAUAAAAAGUUAAAAGGCAAUGUUAUUUUGCAUAUUGGUAGCAAAAUAAUAUAAUGGGAGCGACGUUUGUUGCAGAAAUGGUGAAAUCACUACUUUGUGUGCCUUUUGAGUUUUUCGUUAAAAUGGGGUGAUUGCUUUUUAAGUUAGAUCUUUGUGUUUCUAAAAUUUUAGUGAAAAAGGCUAACAGAAACCUUUAGUCGGGGGUUAAUGUAUUCCAGUAAAUUUACGUGAUGGAAAUAGACGAUCCAGUUGAUAUUAAUCCGGAUAAAAUUCCGGCGGUAUUAUGUCAGGUAGAAGAUGUUGUUCAAAGUGUAUGUGUUAGUACCUCAACAAAAAUAAACUUCAAAAACGAAAAUGAUUUAGAACAUAAAAUCGGCAGGAAAACAAUCAAACAUGCACUUCGACGGCAAGCUAAGUGUCGCAAGAAGAACUCAAAGAUAGGGUCCUGUAGUACAUUGUCAAUACCACGAAUAAUUGUCAAACCCAUACCGCCUCAAACAGAUGAAUCAUUACUGUCUAAAAAGAGUAGAAUCCCAACCAUGAGAGAGGUGCUAGCAUCAAUUCCAGGAUUCAAUAUGAAACCUCGAAAACGCACUAAUAAAAAAUUGUCAACUGCAGCACAGUUGGAACAAACAAAAGAGGGAUGCAUUGACUUGGAAACCCCAGAUUCUAUAUUAGUUAAUACAAACUUAAGGCUUCUAUUAAAUAAGGGUACAUUUGCUUCUUUGCCACUUCUGUACCAGAACAAGUUGGUGCAGUUGCUUCCUAGUGUUGAUAGACAAAUUGUAAGUAAUUCAUCUGAUCCAAAUUGUAUAGAAAUCAGUUCUGUUCUCAAUAAUGAAUUUUUUGCACGAGCAUGCUUAGAAUGGCAAGAUAGGUUGGCUGAAGGUGAAUUUACUCCAGAAAAUCAACAAAAAUUAAAGCUUGAGGCUGAUAAGGAAAGAAGUAAACUGGAUCCAUGGAAAUUAAAGCAUUUCGAACCAAUUUGGGGGUUUAAAAGUGCUAGUAGCGAUUGUGAAAACUUUUCUGGUUCGACAAGUGAGGACAGUAUUAGACCUCCCAUAAAAACCACUAUAAAAUUACGCCCAUCCACAACAACCCUUAGUAAUAGAAAUAAACCCUUACCACCACCUCCAGUUAAGAGAUUAAGAACAGUUGGUGCUAUUACUAGAUCAUGCUCUAACUUGAAAGAGGAAAUGUUUAGACCCCCAGAUAUAAAAAGUCAUAUCCCAGAUUUACUCCCCAUAAAGCAGAUGAAUAAAAUUCAAGUUAAAUUAGAUGAUAUAAAACCUGAAGUAGUCAGUAGUGAUAUGUUAGACAACCUUUCUAAUCAAGAGCAUAAAGAGCUGUCUGAAAAAGAAAGUUCCAAUAUAGAAAUACCCGAAAACUGUAUAGUUAAUAUUAGUGACAGCAUUUUAGAAACAAAUGAAGAGACAAUCAUUAUUUGUAGAGAUCAUAUAACUAAUGGACCUCAAGAAGACGGUUUAUCCCAUUCAAAUUAUGAUAAAUCCUUAAAAUGUAAAUCAAUUAGCCCUCUCGCUUUAAGUCCUGAACCAAUGGAUACUAGUGAGCUAAAAGAUCCCCUUGAAAUUAAUACUGAGAGCCUCAGUGAUGAUGAGAAAGUAAGUGAACAUACCUCUGAGAGUACUGAGCAACUUGAUGACUAUGAAAAAGACAAAAUGAUGGAUGAAAAUAGUAGCAGUUCUUGUAGUGUUAAUGUUCAAAAUCUAGAAGAAAUAUCCAGCAAUGAAACAAUUGAAACAGUUGAUUCUUUACAAUUACAAGAAAACUACAAAGAAAUUAAUCAUGUUGAUGAAUCAUCAUCUUCAUCUGCCACAACAACAACUAGUACAAAUACUGAUGCUAAGUCAGUUUGCAGUCAAGAUGAGUCAAUGAUAUCAACUCCAGAUAUAACUGAUAUAAUUCCUGUAGAUACAGAAAUCAAUGUAAAUGCCCAAGAAAUGCUUAUUUCAAGUUCUGAGGAGAAGCCUAUGUAUAUUGAAAGCCCUGUUGAUUCAGAAUGUCAUUUGGAGACGACUGAUUCAUCUGAAAAACUGGAUGUACUGCAACAACCAUUUCAGAUGCUUCCUAAUACUCUUAUUUUGCAGCAGGAAUCAUUGAUUUUGGCAGAUUCAGACAUAGAUGCCGUCAACAAAGAUGAUUCUGUUGAUAAAUUAGAAGCAAGUGUGGAGGAAGCAGACCUAGUGAUAAACUUUAAUGGCUCCAAAAUAAUACAUGAUGAUGAUGCAAAUGAGGACAGAUUUAUCGAUGCAGAAAAUUAUGUUUUAGAAUCUGGACAGAUAUCAGUUUCUUCAAUUGACAAUGACCAGAAAAAAGUAGAGAGUGAUAUUCAAGCAACAUUUUUCGGAGAUAAUGUUUCUGGACCUUCUGAGGAAUGUUGUUGGGGUUUGGUUGACUCAAGCACAGAAAAACUACUUUCUCCUUUAAAUAACUUAGAGUCAUCAGUUAGCGCCCCUAUAGAUAUUCCAAAUCAACCUAGCACUUCAGAACAUGUUCAGGUUAUACCCAUGCAGGAAGAAUUAGAAGUCCGUUUGGAGGAGGGAACUUUCCCCGUACCUAAUGAUUGGCCAUAUGAUGUUAAAAUGGACUCUGAUAUGGUUGAGGCAGCUUUAGGUCCUACAGAAAACAGUGAAGUAAAGGGACCACCUAAAGGAACACUGAUGCAGGAAUAUAAUACAGCGAGCCAAGUAAAAUUGGAACUGGAAGUGACUUUAACUCCCGAAAUUAUCAGUUCUGAUAGUUUAAUUACCAGCACAGUGAACACAAGCAAUAUUAGUACCAACCAAUCUGUACUUCCAUCAUCUAGCCGAACAGUAACUACUGUCAUCCCUCCAACUACAAUUGUCUGUUUACCCUCAGUAGUUAAUAUGCCGCCGCAACAUCCGUCUGUGAAUGAAGCUUCUCAAUGUGCCCCAGCGAUCCCAAGACCAGGUUCUAUACAGAGCUCUAGUGCAUUACCUUACUUAGCACUUAGCACCAGUCAGCCUAUUAGAGCUGUACCUACACACAGCAAAACAAAACCAAAGCAUAAUACUCUAGGUAAAGGGAAUCGGAAUCGAGGGAGCAAUAAACCACCUCCAGGAGCAGUAAAUUUGGAAAGGAGCUAUCAAAUUUGCCAGGCUGUCAUUCAGAAUAGUCCCAACAGGCACCAGUUAAGGUGCCAACUUAAACCCCCUCCUAGUUUAUUAGCAGCUGCUGCUAAUAAUAAUAAAAGAAAUGAAAACAGACAAACUCAAUAUAGUUCAGUCACUUCAUCUAGAGGUUCAAGUAAGACUUUCACCCCACCUUUACCAGCUAUUGGGAACUAUCAAAUAUCAAAUAAUAUGAAAAAAAGUGGUCAGAAGUUCCGACCUGGCCUGCCUUGCCAACAUCAAAGGCAGCCCAGUCCCCCAGUUGUUGUGAGGCAUGUGUUUACAUCGGGGCAAGGAAUUCCAGUCACUAUGGCUGUUUUGCCUCACACUCCGGCAUUGAGUCCAGAACUGGCUGAAGGCCAAGCAAACAACGUAGGACAGGUUGGACAAUACAUACUCGUCCAUCGUACCGGCAUUAAUGAUCAUAGCAACAUACCGCGUUCUUCAUCAGCACCUCCGUCGCAACAACAAAUGAGUGAGACAAUAAACACGGGGACUACUUCCCAGAUGAUUUCUGUUGGAUCACGGGGACGACCCGCUAGCGUUGAGGCCGAGCAUCCAGCAGAUCCGCAGAGCCAAGUUCACGAUUUUAUAGUACAAUGUCCGAAUCCGGGCGUCCAGGCAGUCACCCGGAGGCAACGGCUUGGCCCAGGAAUAAUUUAUGGCGAUAUAAGUGUUGAUAGUCCUGUGAAUAAUUAUACGAUUAUUGGAGAUAAUGUUAUUGUCGAUCACCCUGUUGCUGCCAUGCAGAAUUCGAUGAUUGUUCAGCAGCAGCAGCAGCAACAAAAACGCGAUUCAUGCGCUUGUAGUUUGAAGGCUAUGAUUGUGUGCAAAAAGUGUGGUUCAUUCUGCCACGACGAUUGUAUAGGACCGAAUAAAUUGUGUCGGACUUGCUUUAUUAGGUAGGUUAAGGUUUAAGCUUUAGCGGCAGAGUUUCGUUCUGUUCCGACAACUUAUUUAUUAACUUUCUAUGAAGGUAAAUGCAUCUUUUUUGUAUUAAUUUUCUUUUCCGCAGUCGUAGGAAACUAUUGUGAUAAAUACUUAUAUAUCUUUAUUUCAUUUUAUUUUUCUUUUUGUGAUUAAAAUAUGCAAUAUUUUUAAAUUUAUUUAUAUUAUAUUUGUAUCAAUGUGUCCCAAUCACUUAACUAUGUAUGACAACAUUUGUUCCUGAACCCUGAUAAUUGUUUUCUAGUAAAUAUUCAAGUCAUCUUGUCCUUUCUUUGUUCUGCAGACUAAUUUACGUUGUACAGGAGGGCUGGAGUUUUUGUUUUAUAAAAAGAGAUUUUUCCCACAAAACUAUGUCAUAAUUUUUAAUUUUUCAUAAUUGGUGUUUCCAUAAUGACACACAAAAAUCAAAAAUAGGUUCAUGUUCUUAUUUCUCACUUAAGUUUUUCACAUUGCCUUAUCACAUAAAAUUGAACUGAAACCACUCGUCAAGACAUGCAGGACGCGUGUUGAGUUGUGUAAAAUUCAUGAGAAGCUCUGCACAAAAGAAAAACAGAAGGAAACAAGAACUGAGCUUUCAGUGUUAACUCUGAUAGACUUUAUGAGUAUUUCUUCAAAACCGCGAGUAGUUUAAAGUUGAAAAAGUUAAAAUUAGAUAUUUGUAGAUCUUUCAGAAAUUGUUCAACAUAAUGACUUAAAAUUGUCUAAAACUUGUAAUCUUUUGCACUGUAUUAAUGUUUUGAGCUUGUACAGUUAUAAAAAAUAUUCUUUUUGUUUCAAAAAACUGGGUGUACAAAUUUUGCAGUUUUAAUGUUGAAUUGUUUCUAAAAUGUCCACACAUAUAUGUUUGUUUAUUUUUAAGACUUUCUUUUUUAACUUUAAGACUCGUAUGUUUCUUACUAUCAACUUUUGAUACAAUAAAUAGGUAGCUCUAUUGCCCAUUCUAUACCAAAUUCUCUGGGUUAGAUUUUUGGAUUCAUCGGAUUAUUAUUGUAUUUUUGAGUAAUUUUUAUUUUGGACUAACCUAUGAUAAUUGGUAAUAGAUAUUUUUUGUUGGUAAUUUUUUUUUUGUUCAGAUUCAUGAUAAAUAAAGAUUGAAUUAUUCAAAAUAGGAUUUAAAAAUACUUUACGAUAUUUACGCUACAAUUUUCAGUGCAGUCUUAAAAGUCUUAAUUCUAUCUUCCACACAAAACUUCUUAAAUGGAGUAGCCAUUAACGAAAUUUCUUUAGUUUUGUUUUUCCAAAAAUAAUAUCGAUAGAACAUUUACAUUUACGUACAAUAAUGUAAUAUUUAAAUUAUCUGAUCAUGGGUUUUAUGAGCAAAUGUUGUCUAGAUCUGAUUUUCCAGAUUGUAUAUAAUUUUAUUAUUAAGUAACAUUGGUAGGCAAGGCUCAACAAGAUAAAAAACUUUGAUAUGCUUUUUAUGGAUAUUAUUAUAAAAUAAUUAAGCAACAUUUUGAUUGCGGAACGAUCCAUUAAGUCUAUAGUGCUUUGGGAAUGUACCACAUAAAAUUGGUCUCAAUUAAAUUUGGCAUGACUGUUAUAUGGAUAUGUAAAACAAGUAACAAGUAAUUUAUUGUACAGUGAGUCAAAAAUAAAUGGUAGGGUUGAUUAUAAAAACAAUAUGUUAUUAAAAAGUUAAAGUUAAAAAGAUUCCAAACAAUUAUGAAGAUAUGCGGAAAAAGCGAAAUUUCGGAAAAUGGUUGCAUUAUUUUCACGUGAUUUUAUUUAAAACAACAUUGUAAAACAAAUUACACAUUUGUAUAUCAUUCCUUUCCCUCUGUUAACUUAUCUUUUUAAAAACAUGGUUACAAGUAUUUUAAAUUCCUGAGUUUUAUUUUAAUUUUUUUCUUCGCAUUUGUUUAUUAUUUUAUUUUGUUUAAUGGAAAAAGCACACACCACAAUAUAAAUAUAAUAAAAAAAAAAUUAAGUAGUCAUGAAAGUAAUGUACAAAAUUUCGGUUUAUCCGAAUAUCUCUCUCUCCAUACAUUUUUUACUGUCUAAACGGCUCAUUGAUAGCAAAAGAAAUACACCACUGACCCCACUUGGACCUUGGACGCAUUGUAUAAAAAACUUCAGUCAAUUAUCAUCUAUGAAUUGACAGUGAUUGGUACAUAGCACAAUAAAAUGACCCAAAUCCAAAACAAUUUCAUUAUCAAAAAAAAAAAAACUGAAACAGAAAUAGGUAAUGUAGAUCUCAUUUUUUUCAUCCUCUUAUAAAUAGGCGUCUUUUUUGAUAGAUUGGCAGGUAAUCUGACAUUUUGUUAUCAUUUGUUAACUUUAUUUUUAAUUACCUGAUUUUGAUUUAUUUUAAAGCAUACUUAUGUCUCUUAGAAUCUUGUAUAGAAAAUCAAAACAUUUAUUGGUGGUUUUAUAGCGUGAUUAAUAAACAGGAAGACUUCAGUUUUAGUCAAUUAAUUUUUUUUCUGUAUUUUUGGAUAACGCCUUUCUUAGUUAUAACUUUUGAUUGAUUUCAGAAAUGUUGUAAAUAGCCUAUGCCACGCUCUCUUUAAGUUUGUCGUUUUUAAAUUUGUUUUUUUUUGUUCUGAGUUUUGAAAGAUUAGUAUGGGACUGCCGAAACAAUGCAAGUUUUGAUUGAUCAACGUUGAAGUCUUAAUUGUUUUAACUGGCAAAAUAUUUUCCAAAAUAAACUUGGCAGUUGAUUGCAGUAAUGAAAGGAAGAAAAUUUUGAAGUGUAAAAAAAAUAUUUCAUGAUUUUGUUGAAAAUAAAUUUCCUUGAUACAUUAGCUUAUUGUAUAUUAAGAACCUCGAAAUAGCAUAAAUUUUUUACUCAUUGAAAACAAGCUGUUUCCAUAAAAUCUAAGUCUAUCUUUGUAGCACUUGACAUGUGCUUAUGGACGAAUAAUAUUUCCCGUCUACUGUUUUUGAAACUCCAUUCUUAUUUUGUAUUGAGGAAAGAUGUCCUAUCUUCAAAUACAAGUUACAUUGGUUUUUGAUUGCAAAUUUCUAAUUAAGCUACUUUGUCCCUUGAUCAAUUAAAACUAUUCGGAAAAUUGUAUAUCAUUUCAAAUUGCAAAUAGAUCUAUGCAUAACAAAAAAACAAUGAACUGAUUUGGAAAAUAAUAUUGUUUAUAUUAUUGUUAUAAGGUGUCCAAUUUUUUAUGAAUUCUUUUUUGGAAAGCGUUUCUUCUGUUCGACUUUUUGAAGCAAUGAUAGGCUCCAAGGUCAAGUUUCUCAAGGCCCUUUUUGUUAUUUAAUAUCCCUCAUAUUUUGUUUAUGAACAAACAUUGAAAAAUCAAAAAACUGCCUCUGGUAGACAUUUUUCUUCCUAUUUCAGGCAUAGGUAUGUUUUAUAACUAUUGCUAAUUUUAGAGCUUGAAGCAAUGUUGGGUAGUAGACACAAUGCACAGUUUUUGUUCAGCACUUAAGCUAGUGAGUUUUGAAAAUAUGGAAUUGUACCACUAAGAACAUUGAAAAAUUGGACUCUCUUUUCAAAGCAGCAUUUUUAAAAAUACAGUAGAAAGAUAAUCACAAUAUAACCAUUGCUACCAUUUUAAGCAGGCAUUAUAGUACUGUGUACGAAAUCCUGAAAAACAUGUUAAAAGUCAGCCACCCCAGUUAAAAAACUGGCUUAUUCUUGUUUUUUAUGUCUUGGAUGAUGCCCAUACACUAUUUUAUAGUGAUAUUUAUCAGUUUAUUUUUAAUAUUUUGGUCCGAAAUUGUGCAGGUAGUUGAAGCUUUGUUUUGUUUCAAAUUAUGCAGCUUGUAUAAAUCAUUUUUCUGCAUUAUUCUCUAUGUAAUAGUCAAUAUUUAAUUGUAAAUUGAAGCAAAUUAAAAAUGUAUGUUUGUUACCUUGGACUUAAAGAACUGAUAUUACUAAAAUACUUUUUAAACAUCUCAAGUAAGGUAGGUUUAGGUAUCCAGAUAUAUUAUUAUAAAUAGUAAUAAAAAGGU